AAACGAAAAAAAAAAACGUUUACGUUUUGCUUCCAAAAUUUCGGGAAAAAAAUCAAUAUUUCGGUCCCGGCAGAAUGUGCUUCGGGCCUUUCAAGAGAGUCUGCCAUUGGGGUCCGUUGAUUGCCCUCGGCAUCAUCAAAUCCGUCACCUUCUCGACCGUCGCUUGCCUCUCGCAGUGGUGGCCGCCCCAGGAGUCCAUCGGCGGAAAGCUGGUGUUCGUGGCCUUCGCUCUCUCGGCCGUCCUUACCCUCUACUUCUUCCUGCAGGCGACCUUCACGGGCCCCGGGGCACUGCCUAGGGGUUGGAGGCCGGAAAACGCAACCGACGUCAAGUACCUCCAGUACUGCAGUACGUGUGAGGGGUACAAGGCUCCGAGAGCUCAUCACUGUCGAAAGUGUGGCCAAUGCGUCCUGAAGAUGGACCACCACUGCCCCUGGAUCAACAACUGCGUGGGCCACCGGAAUCACGGCUCCUUCACCCUCUUCCUCCUGCACGCGGUCCUGGGGUGCGCGCAGGCGACAGUCAUCCUGGCCAUUUGCAUAUACCAUGCUGUCCAUAGGACUCCUGAGAUUCAUUUGGAUAAGAAGCAUAAUGAUAUAAUACGAGUUGUAGAUGAACACCUUGGCAAAAUCAUCUACAUUAAAGGCUCGGAAAUUGCAGUCUUGUGUCUAAAAUUGAAUGAUAGGAGAGGAGAGACUGUCGAUAAAGAUGUAGAUACAGCAGUUACUGUAUCUCUGUCAUUGCAUAAUGUUGUGAUUAAUUCUUUCCAUAUGUUCAUUGCUUCAGCAAGUGUACAUGUAUCACUCUGUACUUUGUCCAAAGCCACAGCUAUUGGUUCUAGUUGUGCAAAUUAUGAGCCAACGGAUUCAGAAUGUAUAUAUGGCCAUAUGAGGUUGUCACAGCAACACAUAUAA